AUGGACUUGGAUAAAAAGAAACCUUCCUCUGUUACAUUACAUUUGUCAACUGGUGAUUCAUCUACAGUCAACAAUAAUAUUGGUGAUGGAAUAAUUAACUUCAAUCAAACACAACAACCGCAGCAAAAUACUAGUGAUGAACGCGACAGUGAUGAAGACGAAACUAAAUUUCCUUCUGAUUUGUCUAUUGAUCACCAUCCUAGACGUACCAGUAAUUACUCUCUGUUAUUUGAAGGAAGCUCUUCUCAAUCCGAAGGCUCAGCUGACAACUUUAGAUGGAUAUUGGAUAAUACAUGUAUAUCUGAUUUAUGCUUUUUAGACUCUGAUUGA